UUUUGAAGAAACAUUAUCUAUGACCAGCGGAAGUAAUUUACAUCACACGCUCGUCAACAAAAAAAUAAUAAUUUUGAGUCAUACAUUUUCAUCGUGCUUUGGAAUUUGAAUGCUGUGGUAUUUUGAUAUUCCUCAAAUGUAGAAGUUGCCUGUCCGUUUGACGACGAGGAAAGACAACAAAAAGUCUUCAGCGAUGACUGCAACAGUUGAUUUCAGGACCCACGUUGACGCGUCAUGCAGGUAUUCAGAGGAGUUCACCAACAUAUAUUAUGACUGCAUGGACAAGAAAAGAAGGAACUUGAUGCGGCUCUACCUGGACAAAGCGACCCUGGUUUGGAACGGGAAUGCUGUGUCAGGGCAGGCUGCUCUUGGAGACUUCUUUGAGUCACUUCCCUCCAGCGAGUUCAGUAUCCAGACUCUGGACUGUCAGCCAGUGCAUGAACAGGCAACCCAGGGCCAGACCACGCUGCUGGUAGUGACGGCAGGACAGGUGAAGUUUGACGGUCAGAAGCAGCGUUACUUCAAUCAGAACUUCCUCCUCACAGCCCAGGCCUCCCCCACCAGUGACCAGCCUGUCUGGAAGAUCGCCAGUGACUGUUUCCGCUUCCAGGACUGGAGUAGCUGAGGGCUGCUUUAAUCUGCUUUAGGGGUCAUAUUCAUUUGGGCUCACAAUAGCAAAACAAAUUGCAACGGGGUACAAUGACAACCCUGCUUUAAGAUUUCUUUAAGUAUACCAGUUAUGUACUGUUUUAUAGUUGGUAAAUCUGCUACAGCCCACUUUCUUCAAAGUUACUGUGUAUGUUAAUAAAGGUACUUAUAUUACAAAAGACAAGGCAAAGUAGUCAAAUACAAAACAUUUUUAUUCACCAAUGUCCUUUAAAGCAUGUGACCCCCAGAACUGAAGUAACCAUUGUUCACACAGUGGUUGGAGAAAGAAAUGGACUCUUAAAUGUUAAGACAUUUUUGUUAUAACAAGGAUACUAAUAUUUUCAUAACAUUGCUUUGAGUAUUCAGGUAAAAACAGAAAGCCCAUGCAGUCUAUCCUCCUAGCCAAGUAUUACAUAGCUGCUAUUAAGUUUCCUGAGUGACGUUUGGUGCAACAAAAGCAAAAUAAUACAAAAUUGAAUAAACCAAAUUGUUAGUCAAUGCUUA